GCGGAUCGCGAUUUUCCGUGCGUGUGUAUAGCAGCAGCAGCAGCCCAUCAGACAGACGCUUAAAGACCAGCAGCGGCGCUCGCGGUGACACAUUAUACAUCGUUAUACGGUGUCGCGCGGGGCCGACAAUGACACGAGGAUCGGUUGAUUAGACCGGAUUGUGGGGUUUUUUUUUGCCUGGCGAUCGAUCGAAAAAAGUGCGGUGCGUGGUGGUCGAGGGUGUUCGUGAGUGUGUGUUGGUGCAUUAACAAAAAAAAGAGGCGCAAAACGAUCGGCUGGAUAUAAUAUACAAAGUAUAAUUAUGCGAUGAUUUAGAUAGAGUCGUAUAGUUUCAACCGAUUUAUUCACCCGCUUCCAGCCCCGUUCGUAAUCGUUAUUAUCAACGAGGAGAAAAAAUUAUAACGAUUAUACAUAGUGAACGAGAUGGUGCUGCAUCAGUUUAAGGAGGACAUGUCCAGAAUGACGUUCACGGACGCGGCUAAUAAUGGCAACGGCAACAACAAAGCCGAGCAGAAGCCGGUGUCGAGACUCAAGGAGGCCGUGCCGCAAUUCUUCGCCGUGGGCGCAAAGAAUCUGCUGCUGCUCACGUUCGGCAGCAGUCUGGGCUUCCCGACGAUCCUCAUACCCGAGCUGCAGAAGCCGAAUCCACCGGUGCCCGUCACCCUCGACGAGCUCACCUGGAUAAGCAGCAUCAAUCUGUUCCUCGUGCCACUGGGCGGUUUCGUCAGCGGCCUCGUCUCGCAGCGUCUGGGCCGUCGCAAGACCAUGAUGCUCGCCACCUUCCCGUUCGUCGCCGCCUGGUUCAUCUUCCAUUACGCCCAGAGCGCCAAGACCCUCUGCCUGGCCCAAGCCGUCACGGGUCUGACGGGCGGCCUGCUCGAGGCGCCCGUGCUGACCUACGUCGCGGAGGUCACCCAGCCCCAUCUGCGCGGACUGCUGUCGGCCACCUCGACGAUGGCCGUCAUCAUCGGCAUAUUCACGCAGAUGCUCACGGGCAGUCUGGUGGACUGGAGGACGCUGGCGCUGAUCAAUCUCGUCUAUCCGGCCAUAUGCUUCUGCGCCCUGUAUCUCGUGCCCGAGAGUCCGGUUUGGCUCGCAGGCAAGGGCCGCCUCGACGAGGCCGAAAAAGCCCUCUGCUGGCUCCGCGGCUGGGUCACGCCGGCGCACGUCGAGGCCGAGUUUCGCGAGCUCUGCCUGAAUCUCAACAAGCCCGUGCAGAUCCAGCAGGUGGCGACCAUCGACUCGCUUCGCGACGGAUCCGCCGUCGACGUCAAGGAUCCCUCGUCGGCCACGACGGAGCCAAAAGCGCCGCCGGCCAAGUGGCGUCCGUAUCUGCGCCGCAGCUUUCUGCUGCCGUUCUCGCUGGUCGCGCUGGCCUUCUUCAUCAACGCCUUCGGCGGCAUAGCCGUGCUGCAGGUGUUCGCCGUGAGCAUACUGGUGGAUCUCAAGACUCCGAUCGACAAAUACCACGCCACGGUGAUCGUCGGUAUAGCCCAAGUCCUCGGCACCCUCAUCUGCGUCUUCGUCAUACACUUCACGGGCAAGCGCAAGAUCUCGUUCGUCUCGGUGUUCGGCACCGGCGCGGCCUGGCUCCUCAUCUCCGUCUACGGCUAUCUGCUCAUGUACGAGCGCAUCGACGAUCAGCGCCACCGCUGGAUGCCCACCGCGCUCAUCGUCGUCACGGCCUUCUUCUCGCACGUCGCCCUCAAGACCCUGCCGUGGAUUCUGGCCGGCGAGGUGUUCGCCCCGGACGUGCGCAGCUGCGCCUCGGGCUCCGCAGGCUCCAUCGGCUACAUCUUCUCCUCGAUCGCCAACAAGCUGUAUCUGUACAUGAAGCAGGACAUGACGCUGCCCGGCACAUUUCUCUUCUACGCGGCGGUGAAUUUUUUGGGAUUGGUGGGGCUGUACUACAUGCUGCCCGAGACCGAGGGCAGGACGCUGAAGGAGAUCGAGGAUCACUUCGCGGGCGUGCAGAAGCUGAGGAGCAAGCCCAAGAAGGGACAGGAGGUGUUCAAGGAGAAGUGGGCCAUGUCGAAUCCGCAGGCAGUCAGGGACGACUUCGAGAGCUGCAGAUUGUAGCGCUGCCCUAGAUAUAUAUACUCGUGUAUAUAUAUGUACUUUUUCUCACACACACACAAACACACAAAUUGUUUUACCGAAAAACUCGUCGAUACGCACCGCCGAUUAUGCAAUUGAGACAAUUUUUGAAUAACUCGUCGGGUCACGCUAUUUAUACACACUUACGCUGUGCAUAUAUACCUCUUGUUUUUCAUUUUUUAAUUUUUAAUUCGCGAGAGAUUUUCGAUAUCCGUUCGAAAUACGAUAAAAAUAGUUUUCGCGAGAACGAAGUAAGGGCAGAAACUUUUUGUAUCGAUCGUCAAUUCGAUGUGAACGGAUUUUUAACGCACUGUUUUUUUUUACUGCAUAAAUACGAGCAUUAGUUUAGAAUUAGUUAGAUUUUUAAGUAAUUUAAUGGAUCGCCUUGAAUGCGAUUGAAACAUUGUAAAAGUGAAACCAGUGUACGAUUGGAUAUUUUCAAGCAUCGACCGUGUGUUUUUAUUGAAUAAUAAUCAUUCGGAAAGUUCUACGGCGUCCUUUGUUACAUUGUUUUUGGAUCGUUGUAGAAUCGCGCGCGAAAAAAAUAUCGAUAAGAAUUCCAGCGAGCAUCGCUUGAAAUUAUCCAUCUUUUAGUCUUUUAAGUAAUUAGUUUUCCAGUAGCAGAUAAGAUGAAACUCAACGAGCGAUUGUAAUUCAUCGGUCAAUUUUAACGUUUCUUUUUAAUCAAUUGUAAAAUAAAGAAGCGUUUUGUACGGUUCUAAUCACACGAUUUGAAGUUACAAGUGCAAACAUUUUUUAAGAUCAAUCUAUUUACAAAAUGAAAUUGUGUAAAUAAAGUAUUUUUUUUAUCGACAA